UACUUCCGUGUUGUCCCUUCCAUCCUUUUUUCUCACCGAAAGACAAGGUUGGCGGGGAUACCGGACCCAAGGACAAGUGACAAAGACCUAAGGUCCCCGCCGCCGCUCGUAUAGUCCUUAUAACUACUAGUUUUCCUCGGUCUUCCUCCAGUAAUUCUUCGCCAUCGAUCCUUCUCUGCCUCUCUCUUCUUCCCGCUUUCAUUCUAAAUGUCUGACAGUGACAACUUCAACGACCGGUCAUUGCAAGACGAGCAGGACUUCCUGGUGUUCGAUUUUGAUCCCGAACAAGAAGAGGAAGUUGUAGAGGAGGACUGGUUCGCUCGACGUUUAGACGAUCUAGAGAGAUCCUCAUUGUCCAGUGUCAAUGUCUCAUGGGUAGACAAUCCUUUGCGAGCAACCUCAGGGUAUGAAUGGGACCAGUCCGCGUCUCGGAAUGGUUCUACCAGCAUUCCCACCUCCGAGUAUUAUAUGUCCGACGCUGGAAGUAGUAACGGAUCAGAGGUACAAUACGUGGAUCAAGUACACGAUGCUAGCUUCGAACCGUCGCCCGCCUCAGGGCAGUAUCAAUCAUUGAUAAUGCCUGACAUUACCUCUCAGCGACGUAACUCAUUUCCAUCCAAUUACCGGGCACACCACAACCUGUAUGGCCCUGAGACCAGUUCUGACGAUGGAAGACCUGAGGCGAGGCGUCUUAGUUGGCAGGGCGGUUACAACUGGAAUGAACAGUCGUCCGAUGGUGCCCCGAGCCCUUACCAUUCUUCGCGGCGGCCAAGCUAUGAGAACUUGCCUCAGCUCGCUACAGGCUCGAUGCCGAUGCCGUAUCCUACAGGUAGCCACAUGGCCUAUAGUCAUUACAAUUACAGUCAUCCAAACAUCACCCAGAGUUUACAACGUUGGCCGCCAUUUAAUAGUCCUGCUUCGUCGGAAGGGGGAAUACCUCUUUUAAAUCGAGCAGAAACCCCCGGGCUGUCGGCACAACUACAAUCUGCGUUAUUUUUUCAUGACAAUAACGAUCCACCUUCUCAUCCCGACGUCGUUUCGGACUUUGGUGUAUACCCGUCUGGGACGCAGGUACCUGAAGGACACGCCCCUUUCAACAAUCCUGAAGCUGGCCGCCCCUGCCCUGCAUCUCAUUCAGACGUAGCUGAAGGCUCCACUGCUAGCUCUCGGUUUAUUGUCUAUGUCCCCAAUGACAACGCCGAGGCUGGUCCCUCCAGUUCCCCAUACCGCGUGCUUCCACAGACCGACUCGGACUCUGAUUUUCAUUCCUUGGUUUCAUGCCAAUUAUCGCGAAUUUCUUCGAAUGUCAAGUUCAGAGGAGAGCCGGGGCCCAAGUCAGUUGCUUGCAAUUACUGUAGAAUGAAGAAGAGUAAAUGUUUAGAUGGUCCUGGAGAGCGGUGCCGGAGAUGCACUAUGCUCGGUAUUGAGUGUACGUACUCAGAAUCGAGGAGAGGGAAAUAUAUAAGGAAAUCUAAGAAGAAGAACAAGUAGUCCCUCUCUAAUGAUUUGUGCACAUCUUUUGCAUGAAACCUGUUUAACAUACCUUGUUUAUAAACUUCCUAACUAUACUUAAUUAGCAACUAAUGACUGUAAAUAAAUA